AUUGGAUGACAGGACUGGGAUGGCCUCUCGUGCUACAGUGUUAGUGUUGAACGGUUCGUCCGUCAGAGAAAGGAUGUGAGAAGAGGAGGAGGCUUGCGGUUUCUGUAGCAAGCAUGCGGCUUUGUUAGAUUCGGUGGAUUUUGGACACCGGCUUUACAUGCAAUGUAUUUGUGCUAUAUGGAAUUCGUUUUUCCCAUUUGUGUUUUCUACCGGAUACAUUCUUAUAGCUUGGAAUCGAGUGUUUUCCUGUGCGGCUCGGUUCAUUGGUAAACUAGCGGUUGCAUCAGUCGACUGUCAAUCAAGUCUCGGCUCUCUGCACCUGGUAUUAAUUUAAAUUUCCCGGUGAAUGUUUGUUGACAUUGAGUUUUGGAGCAAUCAUUUUCGUUUAGCCUUUGGUAUUUCAAUAACCGAGAGUUUAUUGUGCAGCCUUAUUGACAAGGUAAGAUUGUAACCGUAACUCAGGCUACAGUACCCCUAGUUACAUUAAUAGCGGACUCUAUCCCGGAAAAUUACAUCUUGACGGCGCAAGGAGGAACUAGCCUACAAGUACACUGUCCUAUCGAUUACUGUAUCAGUGAUCUCCAAAGCCUUGUUUGACAGCUGUCUUUGGGAACGCGUUGGACAAUAGGGCUUGCCUGGAGGAGCCAUCUGCUAUUGUUUUCUACUGCGGAUAGAUCAAAACAUUAACAGAUCGAACAUGUCGCUCAGCAGAAGUAUUGAAUGGGAACACUUUGAGGAACGGGACAAAACGCACCGUUCAUCACGGGCUGACGGCUCGGGAUCCCAGUCAGGCUCCAGAGGCAACGGUCUCGUGCCCAGCCCGGCGCACAGCGCGCACUGUAGCUUUUACCGAACGCGCACGCUCCAGUCGCUCACCUCGGAGAAGAAAGCCAAAAAAGUGCGGUUCUACCGAAAUGGGGACAAAUACUUCAAGGGUUUGGUGUAUGCCGUGUCCAACGACCGUUUUAGGUCCUUAGACGCCCUGCUUAUUGAGCUUACCCGGUCUCUCUCGGACAACGUCAACCUGCCUCAAGGUGUCCGGAGCAUCUACACGGUGGACGGCACCAAGAAGAUCAGCAGCCUGGACGAGUUAGUGGAGGGUGAGAGCUACGUGUGUGCCUCCAACGAGCCCUACCGCCGAGUGGACUAUACCAAGAACGUUAACCCUAACUGGUCAGUGGGCAUCAAGGCUGGCCAGUCCCGCUCCCUGUCCUCCCUCAGCACCCUGGUAAAGGGCGAGCUGCAGCGUAGCGAGGCCAGCCUGGGCACCAGAGACUUCAUCAAGCCCAAGCUGGUGACGGUCAUCCGCAGCGGGGUCAAGCCCAGGAAGGCUGUGAGGAUCCUGCUGAAUAAGAAGACGGCCCACUCCUUCGAACAGGUGCUGACCGACAUCACGGACGCCAUCAAGCUGGACUCCGGGGCGGUCAAACGGCUCUACACACUGGAGGGAAAACAGACCACCUGUCUCCAGGACUUCUUCGGCGAGGACGACGUGUUCAUCGCGUGCGGCCCAGAGAAGUACCGCUACGCCCAGGAUGACUUCCUGUUGGAUCACAGUGGUAAGGAUACUGAAUGCCGGGUGCUCAAGUCCUCAUACUCUGCUCGCUCGCCCACUCCAACGAGGGCUGCUGGGAGCAAGAGCCCUGGACUCUCACGCCGUAUCAAGUCCCCUGGCAUAGUAAGAAGACCAAUCCAUUACUCCACCAGUAGCCAGUCUCCUGUUAAAUCCCCAGUCAAUGGUGUCCCCAGCAGUACAAUCUCCACCCCCAAGUCCUCCAAAUCCAACAGCUCCUCCCCCACCAGCCUCCAUAGUAUACACAGCUUCAAGAUUCCGCCACAUCACACGUCUGCCACCAAUGUUAACGGGUCUCCACACAGUCUGGAGCUGGCCUAUAACAUGAGUCCUGAGGUUAACGGCAACAGCUGUAGCUCUAUCACAACCGUCCUGGAUAAGUACAAGGUCGGCAAGGUCAUAGGAGACGGAAACUUUGCCGUGGUGAAAGACUGUGUAGAACGGUCCACUGGGAAGGAGUAUGCACUGAAGAUCAUUGACAAGGCCAAGUGCAGUGGAAAGGAGCACCUGAUAGAGAAUGAGGUGGCAGUGCUGAGGAGAGUCAAACACCCCAACAUUAUCCAGCUGAUAGACGAAGUGGACACACCCACUGAACUCUACCUGGUCAUGGAGCUGGUCAAGGGUGGCGACCUGUUUGAUGCCAUCACGUCCUCCACUAAGUACACAGAGAGAGAUGCCAGUGUCAUGGUGUUUAACCUGGCUGGAGCCCUGAAGUACCUCCACAGCAUGAACAUAGUACACAGAGACAUCAAGCCUGAGAACCUGCUGGUGUGUGAGUACCUUGACGGCACUAAGUCUCUGAAGCUGGGGGACUUUGGUCUGGCCACUGUGGUUGAGGGGCCCCUGCACACCGUGUGUGGAACCCCCACCUACGUGGCCCCUGAGAUCAUCGCUGAGGCUGGUUAUGGUCUGAAGGUGGAUAUCUGGGCAACUGGGGUCAUCACUUACAUCCUGCUCUGUGGCUUUCCUCCCUUCCGCAGUGAGGACAACCUUCAAGAGGACCUGUUUGACCAGAUCCUGGUGGGACGACUGGACUUUCCUGCUCCCUACUGGGACAACGUCACGGACUCAGCCAAGGAGCUGAUUGGGCGGAUGCUGCAGGUGAACGUGGAGGCACGCUACACAGCACAGGACAUCCUCUCUCAUCCCUGGGUCACGGAUGACAACAUGGAGAACAACAUGAAGAUGGAGGUGUCAGGUAAACUGAGGACACACUUCAACACAGCACCAAAGCCCAGCACAACCACAGCAGGAGUGUCAGUCAUCAUGAACACAGCUCUAGAUAAGAAGAUGAUCCAGCUGACUCAUCGCAGCCAGAGGCCCACAGCACCACCUCCGCCCCCACCACCGCCUAGGAAGAAAGUAGUCUCUCCUGCAGCCAUGCCAGUCAAGCAAGCCUCACCCAACACCAAACACCAACACCCAACACCAGUCUCACCCAACACCAAGCUGGCAUCACCCACCAAGCCUGCCCUCCCAGAGGAGGAACCCAAGAGUCCUCAGACUGAUGUGCCUGUCCCUGUAUCCCCUCCCAUCUCUCCUUCAACACCUAGCAGACCCGUUACCUCUCCCUCUGUCCUUGUCUCUCCUACCAAGCCUAACGUCUCUAUCUAUCCUACCUCCACUACCAGGCCCAACAACUCUCCCUCUCCUUCCUCUCCUACUAAACCUGUUAUCUCUCCUUCUCCUUCCUCACCUACCAAACAUGAUAUCUGUCCCUCUUCAACUACCAAACCUGUUAUCUCUCCCUCUUCACCUACCAAACCUGUUAUCGCGCCCUCUCCUUCCUCUUCCUCUCCCUCUUCACCUACCAAACCUGUUAUCUCUCCCUCUUCACCUACCAAACCUGUUAUCGCUCCCUCUCCUUCCUCUUCCUCUCCCUCUCCCAAACCUGUUAUCUCUCCCUCUUCACCUACCAAACCUGUUAUCUCUCCCUCUUCACCUACCAAACCUGUUAUCUCUCCCUCUUCACCUACCAAACCUGUUAUCGCUCCCUCUCCUUCCUCUCCCUCUUCACCUACCAAACCUGUUAUCUCUCCUUCUUCACCUACUAAAGCUGUUAUCUCUCCCUCUUCACCUACCAAACCUGUUAUCUCUCCCUCUUCACCUACCAAACCUGUUAUCUCUCCCUCUCCUUCCUCUCCCUCUUCACCUACCAAACUCCAAAUGUCCCCUUCUCUUUCCUCUCCAACCAAGCUCCAUGUCUGUGCCUUCCCUGGGGCCUCUCAUAUGCCAGUUACUUGCCCCUCUGCCUCAUCACCUUCCAAACGCAAAGCCUCCCCCUCUCCUCCUGCCCCUCUCUCUCCCUCCUCUCCUCCCUCUCUUUUUACCUGCCCCUCUCCCUCUGACCCUCUGUCUCCCUCUGCCUUUCCCAGCUCUCCCUCACCCCUGACCUGCUCCUCUCCCUCCUCUCCAUCACCCCUGGUGGGCCUUGACGUUGAAGCUGCUGCUACUGCCAGAGAGCUGUGAGAAAGAAUGAUGGAUGAGAAGACUGGCUGCUGGACCAUGGUCUAAUUUGUACCUUUCCAGCCCCCUUACCUCCACGCGCCGUAUCCCCAGACCUAUGAUUCGCAUGUAGGGGGCUAGAUACAGAUAGAACCUCCAUCCCCAGUAACAGUAUAACAGCUGAUGUCCACUGCUGUAUCGUUCCUAGGCUCCCAAGCAGCAAAUGGCAAAAAAAAACAAGCAAAAUGGCUCCUACAACCUACAGUACAAUCUCUGUAGAGAACCCAUCAUAUCCACGCUCCAAGAGGGAAGUUAAGGUGUUUUGUACAUUUUGGUUGAUUUUGUAUAUAUGGUAUGUGUGUAUUUAUAUAUGGAGAAAAUAGAGCGAGGCCUGCCUAGUUAGUGUGUGUGGUUUCAGAGGGGGUUUUAUUUAUUGUCUGUGGUUGGUUGGUAGAAACACACAUGAUGAUUAUGGGUAGAAGUGUAUUAUUUGGCGUGCUUGUUGUCUGUUGUAAGAUAAACUGCUACUGUAGAUGUGUAUAGUAUUGUAUGACAGACACGAGGCACCAGAAUGAAAGUUGAAGGUUUGAGUUUUGUUUUCUUCUCUUGCCUGUUUAUCAUUGGUCCGCUAUGGAGCCUGUAGUGUUUAACUGCUGAACACCAAAAGAGAGAUGCAACAGAGUAGAAGAUGAACGUGUCAAUGAGGAGAGGUGGGCCUGUGAAAAUAGCUGCCAGAUCAGGGGUGUGUUCAGGGCGGCAGUUAGCCUAGCGUUUUGAGAGUUUUGGGCCAGUAACCGAAAGGUCACUGGUUCGAAUCCCCGAGCCGACUAGGAGACAAAUCUGUAGAUGUGCCCUUGAGCGAGUCACUUAACCCUAAAUGCUCCUGUAAGUCGCUCUGGAUAAGAGCAUCUGCUAAAUGACUACAAUGUAAAUGUUCAUCAGGCACAAUACAGACAAAGAGGAAGGGUCUUCCUGGACAUGUCCUGUAAGAAACAUUUGCCCUCCGUUGCGAAACGUUUUUCAUUGUGUGCCCUAAUGAACCUGACCCAAUAGUUAGAUUCAUUUUCUGAAACCAGCUGACAGGAAACACUGGGAGCUCUAUCCCCUCAUAUACUCAUUUAUCAGUCCAGAUUUACCGGAUAAUAACAUGAGGCUGUUCCACUUUGCUGUUGUCUUUGUCUGUAAUGGUAAUGCACUUGUUUUAAAGUCCAUGUUUAAGUCCCAAAUCGCACCCUAUUCCCUAUAUAGUGCACUACUUUUGAGCAGGGCCCACAGGGUUGGGGAAUAGGGUACCAUUUGGGAUGCGGCCUGUAUCUCUUUACCUAGCCUACUGCAUGCAGUUGGUUAGAGUUUAACCCUUCAGAUAUUGAUAAUGGCUCCGAUGCACAGCACUACUACUCCAAGGGGCUUUAGUUGCAUGCCAUGUUCCUCCCUCUGCCUCCCCACAAAACAGGUCUCACACACACGUCAAGCUGGUACUAUUGUACGUAUAGUAGCUGUUCUGUUGUGUAAUGUUUAGUCAAACUACACUGUCAUCAUCAUAAUGCUUUUUUUAUUGCAGUUUUAGUCUGGAUACGUGUAUGAAAAUUACAUUUCAAGCAGGAAAAACACUCCUGUCAGCUUUGGCCAACAGUUUGUUUGUGCAUUUUGCCACUGUGACUCCCUUUAUCAUAUCAUAAUAUGUAUUAGCAGCACAUCGGAGAACUUCAAACGCAAUAAAAAGUAUUCAAAUCA